CGAUUUUUGCGGCGAAAAGGCGCCACGCGCCACGCGCCGCGAAGUGUGUCGGUGGAUGUGUGUAUGUGGAGGCCGGCGCGGAAUUGGCUGUUUUAGUUGUUUAUGACCAGUCGUGUAUCGAAAUCCUCUGGCCAGGCUGAGGGCGAUUGAGCGCUGUUGUAGCAGCAAGUUGGCUAACAGUCGGAGAUGACUCAGUUCCUCCCUCCAAACCUUUUGGCGCUGUUCGCCCCCCGCGACCCUAUCCAGUACUUGCCGCCGGUGGAUAAACUUCCCCAUGAAAAGAAGACUGGUGGUUACUCUGGAUUAGGCGGGUUCUUGGAACAGUUUGAGGAUCCCGCUGACACCCCUCCACCUACAAGAGUGGAAACAAGAGAAGAAAGGAGGGAGAGAAAGCGACGAGAGAAGCAGGAACAAGUGGCAUACAGAUUGGAACAGGACAUUGCCCUAUGGGAUCCAACAAGCUUGAAUAAUGGGACGAUGGACCCAUUCAAAACCCUUUUCGUCGCCCGUAUCAACUAUGAUACAUCUGAGUCGAAGCUACGGAGGGAGUUCGAAGUCAGUGGACCCAUCAAGAAGAUCGUCCUGGUGCAUAACUCGCAGACGGGCAAGCCGCGCGGCUACGCGUUCAUCGAGUUCGAGCACGAGCGCGACAUGCACUCCGCCUACAAGCACGCCGACGGCAAGAAGAUGGACGGGCGCCGAGUACUGGUGGACGUGGAGCGCGCCCGCACCGUCAAGGGCUGGCUGCCUCGUCGGCUGGGCGGCGGCCUGGGGGGCACGCGCCGCGGCGGGCCCGACGUCAACGUCAAGUACUCGGGCCGCGAGGACUCGGACCGCGUGCAGCGCGGCGGCGGCGGCGAGCGGCGGCGCUCGCGCAGUCGCGAGCGUGAUAAGCGGCGCCGCUCGCGCAGCCGCGAGCGCCGCGGUGUCGAAGAGCGCGGCGAGCGCAAGCGGCGCCGCACGCGCUCGCGCAGCCGCGACCGGGAGCGGCGCAAGCACCGCAGCCGCUCGCCACGCGACCGGCGC